GAAAAAUCGUUUGUUUUGCUGUUCUAUUUUCAAUCGAAGCUUGAGUUUCCGAAGAAAGCUAUUGCUUUCCUUUUUUAUGUUGAUGACUAUUUAGAAGAUAAAAUAGCAAACACCUAUUCAUUUGAUUAAACAAGAUAGUGUUUAACAGAGAGUAAUCAUAUAAGCUCGAAGGCUUUCUUUCAUUCUUUUCCUAUGCAAAAAACUGUGAUAAUCUAUUCAACUGGCUGUCAUUUAUAGUGACAUAAAAUGUGACAUAAGGUUGACAUAAAAUGUUUCGUUUGAGCAAGUCUCUUUCCUUAAUGAGUGUUAGACUAAAUUUGCUGUCAAGCAUACACGUAAAUUAGUUUCUUUUUUCUUGUCACCUUGAAUGCCGUCAGCAGCGAUGUUUUCAAAAAUUUAUAGCUAGCAAACCUUUGACUGCAAACAAAUCUAUUGACAGCCUUUUUUAAAAUUCUUUUUUACCUUUAAUUAGCCAAUAAUUGGGUUUACUGAAUUCGGCAACAAUGCCGUGAACAUAUUUUUCAAAUACGGUCAUCAACAGGGCUGACCUGAGUUUAGCCACUGUAGGGAUGAUUGAAAAAUUUGUCGUUACUACAGCCAUAGGGGAAUCUAUUUAUUCUCUUUAGGUAUUUAAUUGAAUCGAGGAAAAACUGUUUAAGGCUCUUAAUCGAGGCAAAACUAUUUCUACGUAAUCAUAUGGGAGUUCCUAGGUCAAACCAAUAUAAAUACUGAAUGUUGUGAUAUUGGUUAUAAAACGUCAUUUGUGUGCCUUAUUUAGCGUGCAGAAAACACUUGCCAGUGGAGAGCCUGGCAGAGACGUUGUGUGAUUUUCGUGCCUUGAUGAUCACGUCACUAUAACAUACAGUUUCUUAUUUAUGAAACCUAUUGACACGGUAUAAAUCCAGUGCUAGCUUUCUUCCAUAAAUCUGCCUAUGCUUAGCUUCGUUUUUCAUCCUUACAUGUCGAGUUUAUGUAUUGAAAACUCAACAAUUGCCAACUCUCAUUUUCCUCCAAAUGCUUGGGGUGAUAUUCAUGCAAAUCACAUUUCUUUAGGGUUAUUUUAAAGCCUUUUGAAUUGUGAAUUGCUUCAUGUUUCAGUUGCUCUUAGCGAAGCAAUGAAACUUCACUCCAUUAAAGAAUUUAUAUUUGUAGAUUUGUGCAAAAUGUAACAAGUUUAUAAGAUACCUUAGUCCCUUCAAAUUUAGCCUGCCUUCAAUAUUGGCUCCCUUUAUUUUUCGCCCCUUUAAUUUUCGCCCCCUUUUUUGUACAAGUUCGCUCCCUUUAAUUUUCGCCCCCAGACACUUUAAAUUUCAAAGCUUUGACCUUAUCAGUUUCCAAGCAAUGAACGUUCAUGCGGCAUGGAACUGCACUCGGGCCUCUGAAAAACCUUUUUUUCCUUGGAAACUUUUUGCUGAAAAAUCGCUUUUGCCAUUUUUUCUUGAAUUAUGGGAGCGCUUUAGAAGGUCGUGUACGAGACAACAAGUAUAGAAGAUCGCCAAUUCAUAAAGGUGGACUCGAAAUACCAAUUGUACUAAUCGUUUAUAAGGAUAAGGCGCCAAGUUCUGUCUUCAAUCGAAUGAAAGAAUAUCUGCAAGACUACUAUAUUGAGCCAGAGAAGAUGAUAGUAUAGGAACGAUACUAUGUAGCAUGAAUUGCCUGGUUCCUAUCAUAUCCUGUGACUUUCCAUCGUUGGUGUUUACACGGAGCCAGUGAGAGAGACAGUAUGUUGCUUGAUUGUACUGACUUACAUAAAAUUAACAUACUUUUAUACAAAAUAAAUGUGCUGAGUAAUGAUGUGUUGUGAUGAUGUAAUGAUGAUGCAAUGGCGAAGGAAAGAACUAGACUUGGGAAGAAAUCAGCAUGACAUAGAUGUGUGAACGUGUGUACAAUGGUGAAGGGAAUGUCCUAUGGUAUGUGAUGCCGUAAGGGGAUAUCGUGGUGCUGGCAUGAUCGAUGAAUGAGUGCAAAUAUGGCAAUAUUAUCGUUAUCGAAGAUUAAUGGAUUUUAUUUUGAACUACAGUAAGGCCUCUUAAAAAUACACAAGUUUAUCAUCUUUGUCAAAAUUCUUAGGAUUAAGAUAUCUUUUUUAUGAGCUUCAGUAUGGAUAUUUUUCCAGAAAGUCACUAAAUUAGAACUGUAACAAUGAAAGCAAUCAACGCAGGAUGAAAAUUUGACGCGCGCAAAGAUGGUAACUUGAAUUUUCGACCCUUUAAGGACCCUUUAAUUUUUGCUACCUCUAAUUUUCGCCCCAUCAAAUAUUUCCAUAAUUCGCCCCCUUUAAUUCUCGCCCCCCCCCCUCCGGGACGAAAAAUAAAGGCAGGUGAAAUUUGAAGGGACUAAGGUAAUAGGAUCCUUUAUUUGCUGAAUUCUUCUCUCGUGUUAUGUUAAACCUUGUGUCUGAAUUGCAUUGUAUGACUUUGAUCAAUAUUUAAUACUCUUACCACGAAACCUAUUUAUUUGGUUUCUCAAGAAUACACAGAAUGAACUACGGUAUCAAUAGAGCUGCACUGUUUUUGCAGGUCCCUUUUUUAAAGAUAAUUUGGGGCAUAACGACUGCUGAAACAACAAAUAAAUUUUAACUAGAUACCAAAAACAAUUGUCAGAUAAGAAUGCGCUCAAUAGACUGUUAUGCAGAUAAUUCUAGAUUGUCAUGCGUUCAGCACUGCCUUUUUGAUACUUUUUCUCCAUAACUUUUGAAAUCGCCAUUGCUCGCUCUUGCAAUUCUAUCCACAUUGGGUUUGUGAUCAAAUGCGUUGGCCAGCAGUACGAUGACGUCAUUUCGAUGAAAGAAUCUUCUACCAGCGUAAUGGAAGAAGCUCAGAUUGAUAGGUAGCUUCAGUGCCCAUUCUUAUCAAGACAAACAUGUAAUAACAUUGAUAUUAUCAUCUAGCGCCGCAAAGAUCUACCUCAAAUAGGCCUGAGUUUAUAAAAAAAACUGCUUGCUGUAAGGAUACGUAGACAUAAAGAUGAGCAAACAGGAUCGAAUCAAAACGCUCUUGCGAUUCUACGGAGAAAAUGCAACGGUACAUGGAAUUGCCGCGAUACAUAAUAGUUUGUCGAUAUUGAGAAAGGUUAUUUUUGCUUUCUUGUUUACUUCCUUGUUUGGUGCUGUAAUUUAUGCUGUCUAUUCUUCUUUCUACUCCUUUUCACUACGACAGGUUUACACUAGCGUAGAAAAAGAAUCGCGUAGAAACAUUGAGUUUCCUAGCGUUACGAUCUGUCGCAAUGGAAAAGCAACAAAAUCGAGUCUGCCUGUCAACAUAGUGGACAAGACAAUGGCGAAGCUUGAAGGGAUAAAAAAUGGGAAUGCGAGUUUGUCUGCUCUCCACAAAUUUGUUCAAAAUGCCUCUUUAGAAGUGCGUGCAGCGUUUGAGAACAGCAACAUGUCAGUUCCUGAGCACCCACCAAUGUUACUGAGGCAUAUCAAAGAUGCCUGUUUAUUUGCAUCGAAUAAAUAUUGCAACGUCACCAGAGAUUUCAGAUCUACCUACGGGACUGAUGCCUGCUAUACCUUUCACGGACCGGGGCCAAACACAUACUUUCAGGCUGAAAACGGACCGUUCUUUGGCUUGCAAUUAAUACUUUAUGUCAACGAAUCUGACUACUUACCAUUGAUAGAAACACAAAAAGGUGCUGGGUUUACUAUUUUCGUCCACGAAAGAGGAACGAUUCCCUUGCUUGAAAUUGGUGGUAUUCUCGUUGCCCCUGAAACAUUUACUCAAAUUUCUAUUUAUAAAAGUGAAACCAUCUCCCUUCCAUACCCAUUUCGUACAAAUUGCAGUGACGGAGAAGGACUUACAAACUACUUUCCUGGUCGUUAUUCGGAUCAAUCUUGUCUGGUAACCUGCUUUUACAAACACGUAUUUGAGAAAUGCGGCUACGUAAACCCUACGAUUGGGGGGAAAAUUAAACCCAAGAAAAAGUCAAAGGUUACGAUUGAUAUGCUUAAAUGUGAGCUUGAAAUGCGUGAUCAGUUUCUUGAAGGUGAUAGCCUCGCUCACUGUGAUUGUCCUAAAGCUUGCAAAGAAGUGAUAUAUGAUUCAAAAACGUCAAGUUCAAAGUGGCCUGUCGAUGGGGAUCUACCAUUGUACAGACAUUUAGCGAAAUCAAUCUUAGGUUUCGAUCCAAUAAAUGCCAGUGAUGACUUCUCAUCAAAAAAUUUCCUCAAGGUUAGGAUUUACUUUGAUGAGUUGUCUGUCAUGAGAUACGUAACUAAAGAACUGAUUGGUGAACUUGAUCUUAUCAGCAACAUUGGUGGCCAUCUUGGGUUUUGGUGUGGAGCCUCUGUUUUUUCAGUCUUCGAAGCAAUUGCGUUAAUUGCCUCUAUACUUUUUAUGGCAAUCUUUGGCAAAUCUGGCAUUAAAGUAAAUAAUGAUAAAGAUUUGGACAUGGAAGCUUUUGAAAAAUCUGUCGUUAAAGUAAAAAGUGACAAAGACCUGGACAAAGAUGAUUAG